AUGCCGCAGCACACAUUGCUGUUUCUUCAGGCUGCCAAUGAUAACCAAUUACAGAAAAACUUUUACACCAACGGUCUUGUCGGUUACUCAAUUGUUGUUGAUGAUUUUAUCAACGGCGCUGGGAGGUUCCGGAUAACAGAAAUCAACCUAGGUACAGAAAAGAGAGGAGCUGUAAACAGCACCUGUGCCGUUCUCCCAAAGAGAUAUGUAUGUUCAAAAGGGAAAGAAUGGAGGAAGGAAGAAGAUGAUUAUGAUGAUAAUGAUGACGAAGAUAAUGGUGAGGACAGCCGUUGUCGGGCAAAACCGAUCGGGAACAACGGCCAGCUCUCGUUAUCUAACGCAGCCACACUUGCGGACGCGACGUUAAGUAGUAACAACGUAGGCAGGAUAAUGGCAUUCAAAGGGCUGUUUGCAGUUCAGUGGAGGGAUGUGCGUUCUAUGCAAUUCGUCGCCCAAAGAGAUUUGAUUUUGCAAGACAACGUUAAGCACGAGUGUUUGCCGUCUGGAGGGACGCGGAAACUUGAUUGGAAAUGCAAAUCUUCUAAGAAGUCACGAGAAGAGACGAACGGGAGAGAGACACAUCGAAACGUGAAUGAAUGUGUGGAUCAAUUAUGCACGCCUCUUGCGUGGAGACGACAGUGAUUGCUGGUACUGUCAUUUACUGCCACUGUUUCAACUCUCUCGCAUCCUUGAAGAGCGACGAAUAAAUAAUAGAGUUCAAUAAUUUUAUAUGUGCAUGAAUAAAAAGUGAUGUUACGU